AUGCUGCACCAAUUUACUUCGCGCAGCCGACGGCGACCCAUCUCCUCUCCGAGACUCCGACCACCUCCGCUCCGUGACGCGACCCAACCUCUCUUCGCCGGUCGCCAUCUGCGCCGUCGCUGUUCGCUCCCACCUCCUCUCCGCAACGCGACGUCGCGACCCAGCCAGCAUCCGUCCCAUCCCGUCGCGACCCAGCUAGCCUACACCCUUCUCUCCAUCCCGUCGCUCCCACCUCUGAUCCGCUCCACGACGCGACCAGCCAGCCAACAACUCAAUUCUCGUCGCCCUCCAAGUCAGUGA